GGUGGAAAAGUGAAAACAUCGAUCCCGAAAGAACUGCUCUUUGAUAGCAUUGACAGUGAGCAAGCACCUGACUGCAUUGCCUAUGGGAAAUGCCUACCGAAAGUUACCGUACUGGGUACUGUUGGAGAAAAUUUAAAGGAUUUUUUGUGUUGUCGUGCUCAGCUGUGA